AUGUCCGAUAAUAUCCAUGUGUGUGCUACACUCACGUUUUGGCGAGGCCAGAAAGAACCCCUUAGGCCCUAUCCGCUUCACUGGGCACUCUAUGUUGAAACUGGUCCAGGUGUUGGCAACACCUACGAGAUCGUAGGAGAUCAGAGUACCUACACCUUUCGUAUGACAGUGGACCAGCCCCUUGCAAACAAGGAAGACUAUCGCGGAUGUUGUUAUCUUGGAAGAGUCUCUGAGGCUAGGCUCCCCAGAAUGGGGGCGAUCCUCGCAAAAAUUGAGGUCUUCCGAAAUUGUCCCAUUUGGAACAGCCACGAUUGGGUGGAGACAGCUUUGAGGACUCUCAGGGACUCAGGUUUUCCCGUCCAUAGUAAAGAGGAGGUUUUGCACGGGUGUCUUCAAGAUGAGAUGCUCUGGCAGCUAGAAGAUUGGCCUGGAAUUGAGGAUGUCGUCGAAUUUGUCGGUUACCAAUAUCUCGAUCCCGGAGGUUGCGCACAGAGGGUCAGGAGUGAACCAAGCGUUCUGGACUUGGAGGACGGAGGGUUGAAAGAAUCUGACAACGGUCAGCUGAGUUAUGUUCUUCGGCUGCCAAACUCGUGCAGAGCAUUGUGGUCAGUCAGAAUAGCUAUGUCUCGUCCCGCGCGCCAAAGAGGAUAUGCGCUUCCGGACGUGAAACCGAUCAUAUAGUGAGAACAAAAUCAAGCGCGAACUAGCUUUGGUCCGGAAUGAGUACCGAAUACACACAGGAAACCACUGAGCUGAACAGAGACGGGCCUGAGUUUGCGAGGCAUUCGAGGGAUAUAAGACCACCCGAGUAGUAGACUGGCGCCGUUACGAUAGUAGUACUAGUACAAGCAUAGAAGGCAACAUACUGCAAGGUGUUGUAUCCACGUGAGACGGAUUCGGCACCACUGGUGAUCAACUGCAACGAGUUCGGUUUUGG